CAAUCAAAUCGACAAUUAUCCUGUAAUAUUAACCCAAGGACAGAAAGUUGACAAGUUUGUGGAAUGCUGAAAACUGGCUUAAAAACUAGAAGACUGGUCUGGGUAGAAGACAAGAUGUGCCUUGGAGGAGCAGACAGUUCCACUGUAUUAUUACACAUCAACAGAGGUCUCAAAGACAUGAAAAAUCACUUCAUCGAUCAACUUCCAGUACAAAUGAAAAAUCUAAAUCCAGGGAAUUUCCAUAACUUGGUGCAAAAUUUUAGGUAAUAAGUUUUCUUCAUUAUUCUUUGCCUGCCAUUAAAAUAGUGUUGACUGAAAAAUGUAGAGCACAAAAUAUGUAAGGAAUACUUGCAAAUCUGUGAAUUAAUACAUGCAAUAUUAUUAUUUAAUGACUAUUUUACAUGUUUCCUAGGGCUUACCAUCAGCCAUGUGAUGAAGAUAUCAAAAGCUUACAAUCCUGUCAGCUUUUAGAGGAGUGUGAGGAAGACUUCAAAAGUCUCAAGAAUUACAAAGAGUCUAUAGAACACGUGUUUUCGAAGUAUCCUGAUGUUAACAAUUAUCUUGAGAGAAAUCUUCUUCCCUUCCCCGCAGACUGGUCUGGUUGGUAUUAUCCUAAAAAACUAAUAACUAACAACUCCACUGGAAAGUACACCUCACUAAUACCAGAACAAGGCCAAUUCCACGUUGCCUUAAAUGCUGUGGAGGAUUCUGUAAUUACCUUUAACCAUUUCUUUGACAAACUAUUCUCAUAUUUAUUUGGUAGUUUGUUACCCAAAAGGCCACGUCCAUACCAAUCGUCAUUAUGUGUUACAGCAGCUUCACUUGGCUGGCUUAAGAUUCCAAGUGAUUGUUACAGCAAUAGUAAAGCUAAAAGUUGGCCAAAGUUCGAUUUUCCAUCAUAUGGUAUCAAAGCUGAAACCAAGUGUUUUAUGCUGUCUUACAACCUAAGUAAAACCCUGGGAAAAGAGCCAAAUCCGCAAGUUUCCUGUGACCUACCUGACUGCAACAACAAUCAUUAUGGUGGUAACUUUGUUCGCCUUGCCUGUUACCACACGUUCCAUGUGUGCUGUUUAUCAAGUGAUGGCUGCUGCAGUAUAUGCAAAGAACCUUUGGAAAAAUUGAUAAAGAAUAAAGUCUCUCUGUUUAAUGAAGGACUUUUGAAAAAUGGAGGUACAGAAUCAGAUGGUGAAUCAAGUGACUUCGAAACUGAAGAUGACACAGCAACUGUGGUGAACAGUGAAACAGGAAAUGCAACUGCAGAGCAGUACUACACCUCUGGACUCUGGGAACAGAAAUUCAAUAGCAGCCUCUCAGCUAUUGGAGAGAUUGAUCAACCACAACACCCUAAUGCUCUACCCUCAUAUGCACACACCCUGUCUCAGUCCUCAGUGGUCCAAACUAGCUCCGCUGUCCAGCAACUAUCUAUAAGUCCUACCAAGUCCAACAGAAUUACAAGCUGGCAUUUCCCACCUGAAUAUUCACAAUCAGCUUUAAUUGGCUGACUAGGCAGUAAUGCAGGCACAUUUAUUGCCCUCACAUAAAGUAAAUUAUACUUUAGCUCACCCGAACCUCUGGACAGCAGCAGGUCACUAAGCAACAUCUGGAUUUACAGAGUUCUUGCAGUUAUCAUGCUUGGCAACCAAUUUUAUGACAAGGCUGCAGGAAACUGUGGUGGGCAGCCGUAUGGUGUACGGGAAGCAGCAACUAAAAUGGAGCAAACAAAAGCUCUUGAAAGCACUGAAGUCUCUACACAGUUGCCAGCCAUUAUCAUCAGAGAGCAGACUCCAGCAGCAAGCCUGCCGUACUACUUAAACCAAGCCCAGCUGAACAAUUCCAAGACGGCAUGUAUCUUCAUUAUCAAUGGCAGAACAGUGGCAUUCAUCCGAACACAGAAUGGAAUAACAGUGUUUGACAGCCAUUACCAUGGGACAAGUGGAGCAGUUGUGGCAAUGGCCCCAAGCGAUGCAACGUUUGAAUUGCUUUUAUGGUUUAAGACAAUUAAUAUAUUAACAACAUACCUCAUAAUUGAGGAACAGUGACAUGUGUCUCAUCCAAAUAAUGGAAUUUAUCGAUCGAGUAAGAUAAGCAAACUUAGUAAAAAAGGGCAAGAGGUACCAUAUAACCCCAUACAUUAAUUAUGCAUUCAGUCUUUGUUCAAAGAAAACAAUACCAAAUGUAGACUUGAAUAUUCGAAUAAUCCUUUAUUUAACAAAGUUCUGGUUUAACUGUACCAAAAAGGAAACAAAUGUAAACUACAGUAAAACAUACUUACAAGAUUUGUGGACUCGAGGAAUAAGUGAAUAAACUAGUGAGAAAAGAAUCGCACAUCCAAACCCAAUUUUUGACCUCUGCAAGUACGAGCACAUGGUUUAUCCCAUAAUAUUCCACAAUUUCAAUGACGUAAUUGUACCAGUCCCGCGUGGACUGAACACGAGAAACAAAGUAAACAA